UUAAAUGUUUUGGGAAGAUUUUCUGAGGAUGAGUUACACAGCUUGAGUUGAUGCUGAAGUUACACAGGGUAGAGAUAGGCUCUCCGGCCCAACUCGUCCAUGCGAAGGUGUCUUCCUGAGCCAGUCCAAUUUGUCUGCAUUUGGCCCUUUCCCCUCCAAACCUUCAUUAUCUAUGCAUCUGUCUAAAUGUCUUUUAAAUGUUGUACCUACCCCUAACCACAUCUUAUCCUCUCUCUCUGUGGGGGAAAAACGGGCUCCUCGAGUCUCCCCAAAAACGUUCUCCUCUCACCUUUAACCUGUACCCUUAGAUUUAACAAUUCUACCCUUGAAAAAAGAUUGUGAUAAUCCCUCAUGAUUUUAUAAGCCUCGAUAAGGACAUCCCCUCUCUGCAUCUUUUGCACCAGUAAAAAUAAUUCCUGCUUUCCAAUUUCUUACAACUCCAGCCCUCCACUCCUGGCAACAUUCUUGUUAAUCAUUUGCACCCGCUGUGGUUUAAUCAUAAACGUACUACAUUAUGGCAACCAGAACUGCACAAUGUUCCACACAAUAUUAUGCACAUGUAUCUACUAACAACAGUUGGGGUGAACUGAUGAUUCCAGAGGAUGAAGGCCAUGAUAUUGUUGAAUAAUCGAAUGCUCAGCUGGGUAUUUGGGUUGUCGACCUUGGUGGCAAAAAAAUAAGAAUGCAACCAAAUAAACAUAUUUGGGUAGUUAACAGAUCAGCAAUAUUAGACAAUGAUGGUAUGAUUGAUUGUUUUGUCAAUGUGUGCAGAGAAGGUGUAGAAUGUUACUUUGGUUUGGAACAUUUCAGCAUAGUGGGAGAUGUAGAACACUAAUCGGACAUUCAGGUGUGAUUACGGGAGAGAUCACACAAAGGUAACCAAACCUUUUUUUUUGAGUAAAGUGAAUUUAGAGGAGCAGUGAUACCAAAGACAAAAAUAAAAUAUUGGGAGGUAAAAGUUAAAAGUUGAGAUAGGAUCUGCCUGAGAGUUCAGUUGCUGACCAAGAAAGACUCCAGAUGCAAUUGAACAGAUUCUUUAUUUUUGUUGAAAAGAAACUAAUGAGCUCUUACCAAGACACAAUUAUUUCUGCCCCGUGUUCUUUGUUAGGCAUCACAGCUUUAUAUCAGCUAGAGUUAUCAAGGUUUUAUAUGCAACUUAAUUGACAGAUUCUUAAUCUCAAAUGUGCCAAGAACAGUUCCUACCAGGAGUACACACAGAAUGAAAAGUAGUGUUCAUCUCACCAUAUUCCCUGUUUGGAUUCGUUUGCACUAUUUGUAUUUGAUUUCUUUCAUGGUGCUAUUUUAUUUCAAAGAGUUGAAGAAUUUUCUUGGGUGCAGAGACCAUUCAACAAACUUCACUUCACCGUGAUAACUGGACAUUUUAAGACUUUACUGAAUCUUGCUUUGCAAAAAUUGGCUGCUACAUCAUUGGUUGUAAAGCAACGUAGAAACAGAUAACAUUGUAAAUGUAAUGUAAUCAAGCUUACCUUCCAAUUAAUGUAUCUUAUAACAUGUCCGUGAACAACCUUUGGUCACUGCGGUCUUCUUGUCCACCAUGACCAGCAAGUUAAAUCUCCAAAUCAUCGUUCAACAGAGCGCUCAACUGUUUUCAAUUUCCCCUUCAACUGGGGAGAAUGUUAUCAAGCGCACAAUUCACCAGCAGGUCUGCAGUAAUAUUUCUUUGGGACUCAGUAACCCGAAUAUGGUCCUGGCCUCAAUUCUGAUAUUUGAUAAUUCAAAAAUAAUUCGGAAAAUAUGUAUUAUGUUUACUGUAGUAGGAACGAUCUUUUUUGGAUCCUGGUUACAGUUUUGGGACUGUCGGUUAACGGUCCGUGCCGACAGGACAGCUCAUGAACUCAUUACCGACCUCAGCGUAGCGGUGGAGUCCCAGACCAACGUGUAAUAUGACUUGAUAAUGGGGUACCUGUCUGACGCCCAUAGUAACAGCGACGACAGGCUUAUGUAUUUGCAUAAGGUAGUAUUCUGGGAAAAAACUAGCUUGUUAUCCCAUCUCACGACCAAAAAGUGUCCACGGAAGGAAGUGGACUUGAAAACGCAUUGGAGGCGAUCAGGGCAGACCCAGUGAUGAAAUCAUCUAACUUGCAUCUCAGGAAAUGUUCCCUACCCAUGGCCGUUCUAUGUAGGAAAUUUCCCUCCACCACUAGUCAGUCGGUGAAAUCCGAGCCCAGGGUGAGAUCCUACUCUUCAGCAGACAGCCAAAUGACCCAGUGCGGCAGGGAGUUGAAGGAGGUCCGGGCACUGAUGAUUGAUAUGGGUUCUGGCUAUAUUAAGGCUGGUUUCGCUGGCCUGCCCAAGCCAUCGGCCACCAUCUCGUCCAUGGUGGGCAGGCCAAUGCAGCGCAGCGCCAAGACCGGAGACAAUCGGCAGGAGAACUUCGUAGGCAGAGAGCUAACUGCACCCGACGAGCUGCGCCUAAUCAACCCGCUCCGACACGGCAUCGUGGUGGACUGGGACGCAGCCGAGGCCGUUCUGGGUUAUGUCCUGGAGAAGGAGCUGCAGGUGAGACCAGAGGACCACGCCGUGAUGGUAGCGGACCCUCCGCUCAGUCCCAUGACCAAUAGAGAGAAGAUAGCCGAGCUCCUUUUUGAGAUCUUCAACAUUCCAGCCAUACACAUCACCAAGCAGUCCAUGCUCUCCAUCUACGCCUACGGUUGCACAUCGGGGCUAGUGGUAGAGAGUGGCCAUGGCUACUCCAGUGUGGUGCCCAUCCACGAAGGCUACAUCAUGCCCCAUAUCACCACCACAGUGGACUACGCGGGCAACGACCUGACCAAACACUUGAUUAAACUCCUCAAUCAAAGUGGCCAUAUGUUGAGCAUGGCGGAUUACCAGCUGGUGGAACACAUCAAACAAGAGUAUUGCUACACUGCCAUUGACUUCGAUGCAGAGAAUCGAGGGGAGCCGAAGGAAUGUACAAUGCACUAUGAGCUGCCUGAUGGUAAAGUGAUCACCAUUGGCAAGGAAAAGAUCAAGUGCCCCGAAGCCCUCUUUAAUCCAUCCCUCAUGGGCUCCAGGGAGCCCGGGCUGCACACCAUAACUUUGAAUGUCAUUAACAAAUGCGAUAGCUCGAUCAUGGAAGAGAUGUACAGGAACAUCCUUCUCUGUGGUGGAUCCACCAUGUUCUCUGGCUUCCGUGUCCGUUUCCAGAAGGAACUUAGGAAACUGGCCCAGGAUAUGAACCCGCAGGUCCAGGCAAUUCCCGAGAGGAAAUAUUCCGUUUGGUAUGGAGGGUCGAUCUUAUGCUGUCUCAAAUCCUUUCAACAGCUCUGGGUCAGCAAGAAGGAAUAUGAUGAGCGCGGACCAGUAGCCGUCUAUCGGAAAUGUUUUUGAAAGGGCUCCUUGCGCAUUGGCUAUUAUCCGUUGUCGAACCUAAUUCUAAAUCGGGGUUAAAAAUAUGCAAGUAAUAAUAAAAUCAUAUCAAAUUGUGUGAUUGGUGAUAUGUAUAACCAUAGAGCUUAUAAAUGAGUUUGCAAUGCUAAAUAAUGCCUUACCUUAUGGAAUCCCACGAUUGAAGCUGGUGAAAAUACCAACUCUGCAGGGUCAGUUUACUGUUCACUAGAAAUAAACUUGGUCUAUUUGGGUUGGAUGCUGUUCUGAACAGGUGUUCCAACGACUGUGUGAACAAGUCUUCUCCAGCAAGUGUUCAAUGUUUUAAUUUAAAUGCUUUUAUAAUUGCUUUGAUUAAGUUUGAUUAUCUUCUAUUGUGGUUUGCUUUUAAUGUUCUUGAAAGUAGAAAAUAAUUAUAGGUUGCCCCACGAUGUCUGAUGUUGUUCCAGACAGAGCGACGGCCAUGACUCAUUUUCCCUGUUCUUUGGCUGGGUAAUCUCAUCCAUCCCUGUAACACUCUGGAAUGUACACAUUCCCCAAUUCUAACUCAUUCGCUCAAAUUUCCAUCACCCAACCAGUAUGGGCGAUGCCUUUAGCUGUCUUGCCUAAAGUUCUGAAAUCCUGAAAAUUCUCCACUUCUUAAAAACUGUAUUUGAGAAACCUAUUCAUCAGGUGCCAUGUCGAUUUAUGUGGUUUGGGGGCAAAUUGUGUAUGAUAAUGCCGCUGUGAAAUUACUUAGGAUGACUUUAUUAUUAAAGAUACUUUUUUUACAAUU